CGGCAGCGCACAGUCGAGCCUCCCUGGUUGUACAAGUAUAAAAUCGGCUCGAUUAUUGCGAUGCGUCCACGAAGGCCCUUCUCCGGGCCGUUUCUUCGAGCUCUGCUUGUCAUCGCUGCUUCGAUCGCUGCGGCCGAGUCAGCCUCCGAUGGAUUUCCCGAAGCAGCAUCGUCGCUCCGUUCGAGGACAAAGGCCGCCGAGAGCGUCGUUCGGAGCAAGCGCUUCGUCGUGCCGGAAAAAAUCAAGCCCGCCAUAAACAAACAGUACCAGGCAUGCAUAGCUCCGGGCAGCAAACCCGGCCACUGCAAGCAUCUGUCCAGCUGCGGCGACGCAAACUACCGGUUAAAUCUACCGCGACUCAUGGAGAAUCUAUGCGUCAUCGAGAAAGAGUUUGUAGGUGUCUGCUGUCCGGAUGAUGCGUCCGAGUCGAGCGACGCUCACAACGAGGUGCUGCCCUUUGGGGGAGUGGCCGGUGAGCUACCUGCCAUAGCAAGCGAGGUGGACGAGCAGCCAAAAACCGAACCCCAGAGGGGCUCGCGUGCAAGAAGCCGGGGCUGCGGAAUCAGCGCGGUGGAGGCGUCCCGCGUGACCGGGGGUCGGCCAACGAGUACGCGCGACUUUCCCUGGAUCGUGGCCAUCCUCAGUCACGGCGAGCAGUACUGCGGUGGGGUCCUCAUUACCGAUCGCCACGUACUCACCGCCGCCCACUGCGUCCAUCGGCGGAAGCCCCGAGAAUUGACGAUCCGGCUGGGCGAGUACGACCUGAGGUACCCGAACGAGACGCGGGCCCUGGACUUCAAAGUCGUGGAGAUUCGGAUACACAACGGGUACGUGCCGUCGACUUACCGGAACGACAUAGCCAUCGUCAAGGUACACCGGCCCACGGUUUUCAACACCUACAUAUGGCCGGUCUGUCUACCCCCGGUCGGCGCUAAUUUCGAGAAUAAACAGGCCACCGUCAUCGGCUGGGGCACCACGUCGUUCGGAGGCGCGACCAGUUACGUGCUGCUCGAGGUGAAAGUGCCGAUUUGGCCGCUCAGCGAGUGCGUCGACAAAUUCACCCAGGAGAUAAGCGACAAGAACCUGUGCGCGGCAGUUUACACCGGGAACGGCGACGCUUGCCAGGUGCGCACCGAAAUGUCUCAUACUCACGUCGUUUUCAAAAUUAAUCCGAUCCGUUUGAUAAUAUUUCUUUUCCGCCGAUUUUUCGAUCUUUACCUCGUUGGCCGUAAGUACCUGGAAGCGAUACCGAUCGGCGAUGGCUGA